UUGACAUUUUAUUUGCAGUGGAAAAUCUGAGAUUUUUACUCAAAAAUCUCAAAAGCAAAUAGAAAACGACAUUAGAAAUCAAAUCUUGCAGACAGAAAACGACAUGAGAUCUUAUUAAUUCUUUAUCUAUAGUCUAGAUUUUCUUUUCAGCGAUUCAGCAUUCAAUUUUGCCGGGACAUCCCCCCAUAAGCUAAGCCCACCGUAAGCUAAAGCAUAUUCAAAUCGCAUUCCGAUUCUAUCGACCUUUUUGGAAACAGAGAAUCUUACUCAAAACAUAAAAUUGAAAAUAAAAAUAUGGACGAUCACGAUUUCAACGAAAUUAUGCGUGAACUUGGGAACUGCAUAUUCUCUCUUCCAGACACUUUCGGUGGUCCAGUAUAUCCCAGUAAAUGGUUUACCACCAAUGAAAAUUCAAAACCCAAAAUUGAAAUAACUCUUUGUAAAGAUAGCAAUCUACCCAAUUCACGCUCAUGGGUUUACGCUUUCUUUAGUGGAGCUAAUAUUCCGUCAGCAGUCGUAGUGGACUACAUGUAUCAUGUUUUGGGUACAAUUAAAGAUGAGCUAAAAGAACCUUGGAAGUCAUACGGUAUUACAAUCCCUAUCGGGUCGAUAACACCUUUAGACUUGCUGAAUGUAUCAAUAACUGAGAAUACAGGUGAUACGAUUGAGAUUGAUCGACCCAAAACAUUUAACACUCAGACAAACGAUAUUUACCUUCUCAUUAUGCUCGUGGGCUUAUACAAGUAUGAAGAGACAAAUGACAAAGCAAAGAAAUACUUUUUAGAGCAGAUUAAAAGGGAAGUGUCUCCCUACUUGCCAUCUAUCGAUUGCAUAAGCUCUCUUUAUACCGCCAAUGCUCACAAACUUAAAUUUAAUUCAAAUUUUAAAAUGUUUGCCGCAACUUUGGACAUGUUUUUAGAAAAGUUCGGAGAUCAUACAUUUGAAAAAGUCAGAAUUGUGUCAAGCGUUUUUAGGUAUCAAGGAUGUGCCGCUAUCAAAGAUCUUAUCUACUUUGCUGAAAUUAUGGGAUCAGAUGGAAUAUCAAAUGCUAUUCGAUGGUUCUUUAUUUCUGACAUAGAAAGUGAAAUUAGAGCAAUGCUUAUGACCGAACCUCCAGAAGAAGUCGAAAUAAAACAUUCAUAUUUUCCAUACAUGAUCCCUUUAGGGUUGUCAAUUAGUAGCUACAGUCCCUAUUCGGUUUCUAAGAAUCCCUGUGUACAUUUUCUUGUCCACAUUGUCGGAUGUUUGCUGAACAUUCCAAGGUCCAUAUAUGCAAAGAUGUUAAAUAUUCGUUUUAUGCCUAUCGGACAGCCGGCUCUUAAUGCGGGCAUUAUUUUUUUGGCACAAAAAAAUUUCUUGAAGUUGGAUGAGAAAAAUAAGACUGGAGGAGGAUUGAAUGAGAUUAAGAAGUUAACAGCAGAGCAGUGCAUCGAAGAAUUUAAAGGUAGAUCUUUCAAGUUUUCUCUUGCUGAAAAGGCACAUUUUAAGGAAGCAAUUGCUGGUAUUCAUAAACCAAGACAAAGGACGAUUGGAGCUUGGGUCAAAACAUGUUUCCUUUCACAGUUAUCCUUCGAGGAAGCCUAAAAUUAUUUUUAAUUUUCUUAUUUCAUUUUUACUGUUUGUAUUGUGUUUUCUUAUGUUUCUUAAUACACAUAUCUUCAAUUUGAUUUAAAAAAAAAAU